AUGGGAGUCUGGGCUGGGGAAGAUGCAGCAAAUUUGAGGAAAAUGGAAGUUUUUCUGCUGGGAGGACAUCAGUCCCAGGCUGUGCUGGAAGAGGAGUGGAGGAGACAGUUAAAAUCCAUGCGGUGCAAUAUCAAGACAAUGUUUACCUUGAAUACAGAGUGUGCUGCUUGUGCUGUAGCACCUAAAAUACUGUGUCCAAGAGGCUGGUUGAAGACCACCCAAGGAUUAGGAGUAAGGGGCUGCAGAUACACUGUCAAGUUAGGGGAGAAUUCCCUUUCCCAGCCAGGGUGCCAUCACAUCUGUAAGAAGGAAAUUGAGGAGAAGAAGUGCUGUCCAGGAUUCUGGGGUACAGAGUGCUAUGAGUGUCCAGGUGGCUCUCAAAAUCCCUGCAAUGGCCAUGGGACAUGCUUGGAUGGUAUGCAGCAAAAUGGGACCUGCAUCUGCAAGGAGCAAUACAGUGGUUUUGCCUGCCAAGACUGUCUAAAUGAAAAUCGUUUUGGCCCGGACUGCCAGUCAGAGUGUGACUGUGUGCACGGGGAAUGCAACAGCGGCGUCACGGGGGAUGGAAGCUGCACGUGCUAUGGAGGCUACACUGGCCCCAGGUGUGACCAAGAGCUUCCCCUUUGCAAAGGCAUGACAUGCGAGGCCAACAGUGAAUGUGUGGUGAGAGAUGGGAGAGCAAUAUGUGACUGCAAGCUGGGCUACAGAAAAAGUGGAAGCACUUGCCAAGCUCAGGAUCCUUGUGCUGCUUCUGUGUGCUCCCCUUUUGCUGUAUGUAAAGUUACUGGACCACGAAAGUAUCAAUGUACCUGCAAAGAAGGAUUUCAAGGGGAUGGGAAGAUUUGCCAGCCCAUAAACCCUUGUGUUGACAACAAUGGAGGCUGCCCAGAAAACUCUACAAUUUGUGUUUACAGACGUCCAGGAGAGGCAUCUUGUGUCUGCAAGCCUGGGAUGAAUAGAAAAACUCCUUCGUCUGAGUGUUCUGUAUUUCCCAACAAUUGCCGGUGGUAUUUUUGUGACGUGUCUUCCACCUGUGAAAUUAAUGCCCAGGGGAAUCCAAGCUGUGUGUGUAAAGAAGGGGAGAUUGGAGAUGGGAGAAUUUGCUAUAAAGAUCUUUUGAGUGAGAUAAGUAACAGUAAUUCACGAGGAAAUUUUGCUAGAAAAUUAAACGUCGCCAGGAAAAUGUUUGCUUCUGGUUGCUCAAUGUUGCUGACUAAAUAUGGGCCUUUCACAGUCUUUGUACCAUCCCUUCUUCCCAUCCAUGACAGACUGGAAUUUAACGAUACCACUGCUGAGCGUUUGUGCAGAAUGCACAUCGUUCCUGGUCUGCAUUUGGUAGAAGACAUGGUAAAAGCCAAGACUAUGUGGACCUUGUCAGGACAUCAGCUGACAUUCAGCAGCCAGACAUACAUCACAUCGUUUCGGUAUCAAGACCUGCCGGGGGAACUGUACAAUGUUUUGCAAUCAAACCUGCCAGCAGCCAAUGGCAUCAUGCAUAUUGUUAACACCCUGAGGAGAGAAACCAGCACUGACAACCUCAGAAACCCACAGAAAACCAUUGGUGAGAUCCUUGCUUCAAUGGAGAUCUUCAGUAGAUUUGAAACAAUAUUGGAGAACUGUGGCUUGCCUGCAAUACUGGAUGGACCAGGCCCCUUUACUGUGUUUGUACCCAGCAAUGAAGGUGUGGAUAAUUUGAGAGAUGGAAGGCUCAUUUAUCUUUUCACAGAGGGCAUAAAUAAGCUUCAGGAACUUGUGAAACAUCAUAUCUACACUUCAGCAGCGCUUACUGUAGAGAAACUGAUAAUGAUGCCACACAUUGUUACCAUGGCUAACCAGAUACUGACCAUCAACAUCAGUGCAGAUGGAAGGAUUCUGAUGGAUGAAUCAGGGGUCCCCUUAAAGAUGCGAGACAUUGUGGCAUCAAAUGGCAUCAUUCAUACCUUGGACGGCAUCUUCAUCCCUCCUUCAAUAAUUCCCAUCUUGCCUCACAGAUGCAAUGAAGAGCAACAUGAAAUUGUGACAGGUUCUUGUGUGGAUUGUGAGGCCCUCAACAGCAGUGUUUGCCCACCUGGCAGCAGAGAAAUGGAACCAACCUUCUUCCUAAAAGAAUGUGUCUACAUCCAUGAUCCACAAGGCCUGAAUGUCCUGAAGAAGGGGUGUGCCAGGUACUGCAAUCAAACCGUCACGAAACCUGGAUGCUGCAAAGGAUUCUUUGGUCCAGACUGCAUGCCAUGCCCAGGGGGAUUUUCCAGUCCAUGCUAUGGCCGGGGAAAUUGCAGGGAUGGCAUACAAGGGAAUGGCAGCUGCCAGUGCUUUGAAGGUUUCAAAGGAAUAGCCUGUCACAUCUGCUCAAACCCAAACAAACACGGCGAGAACUGUGAUGAAGAUUGCGGCUGUGUCCAUGGUGUCUGUGACAACAGGCCUGGCAGUGGGGGUGUGUGUCAGUCCUGGUCCUGCAAGGAAGGCUAUACUGGGAAAUUCUGUGACAAGACAUCCAGGAACUGUGGCCCAAGUGGGCUGUCCCAGUACUGCCACCAGAACGCUGUCUGCAGCCUCAAUGACACAGCAAGGUGCAUCUGCAUGGAUGGGUACGAAGGUGACGGGUUUUCCUGCCAGCCCAUCGACCUGUGCAGUCAGCCAGAACGAGGAGGCUGUUCACAGAAUGCCCUGUGCACCAGUACAGGCCCUGGCACUGCCACUUGCCAGUGCAACAUGGGCUGGACAGGGGAUGGGAAGGCCUGCGUGGCUGUGGACAACUGCAUGCUGGAGAGCAGAGGGAACUGCCACAUCAAUGCCAACUGCCUUUAUGUUGGCCCUGGCCAGAGCAAGUGUGUCUGCAAGAGGGGUUAUGCUGGUGAUGGCCACAACUGUGAUGCAAUCAACCCCUGCCUCAUGGACAACGGUGGCUGCCAUGAUUUGGCUACAUGUUUACCCCUUGGAGGAGGAGAGAGAUCCUGCACUUGUCCUCCAGGCUACAUGGGGGAUGGCAUGACAUGUUAUGGGGACAUUCUAAAAGAGCUGGCUGGGAAUUACCAUUUUGCAGGCUUCUACGACUGGGUCAAGGUAAGAACAGCCAAGGCCUGCAUGGGAAUGAAUGUCACUGUCCUGGUGCCAUCAGAGGCAGCUAUCAAAAACCUGAGCAAGACUGAGAAGGACUUCUGGUUGACCCCCUACAUGCUACCAUUUUUAGUCAGGGCUCACUUUCUUGAAGGUGUCUUCACUGGUGAAGAGCUCAAAAAGUAUGACAGGACAGAACUGCCCACCCUGAACCCACACACCAGAUGGCAGAUAAACACCAGGAGUGGCGUAUUAACUAUUCAGAAUGCCAGUUUAGACAUCAGCGACAUCCCUGCCAGCAAUGGCAUUAUUCACAUUCUCAGUGAGGUUUUGUUGCCACCUUCAGAAGAUAUCCCACCAAGUCCUCCAGGUCUGCAGAAACAGCUCGAGGCAGUUGCCUCAUUCAGCACAUUCAAGGAGUUGCUAGAGCAAUACCAGCUCAUGGGAAAAAUCGAGUCCUCUGAAAAAUACACAGUUUUUGUUCCUGGAAACAAUUCCAUUGAGGAGUACUGCCAUGCUGCCAAUGUGACACAGCUGGACAAUGAGACCGUGCAGUACCAUGUUGUACUGGGAGAGAAGCUCUUACCUGCAGACUUGAGAAGUGGAAUCCAUAAGAACAGCAUGUUAGGGCUCUCCUACUGGCUCAUGUUCUACCAAAACAGCACCCAGAAGUUUGUCAAUAAUAUUCCCUUGGAUGGAAAAUUUAUUGAGACGAGGAACGGCAUGUUGAUCGGGGUCUCGCAGGUCCUCCUGAUACAGAAGAAUCGUUGCACGGCCAAUACCACCACGAUACAAAAGUCAAGAUGCGGCAAGUGUGAGAAGGGGAUCAAGUGUCCUGCUGGAUCAGUUCUUGUGGAAUUGCCAGGAAGCAAGAAUCUCGCUCGCUGUGAGUUACGCUCAGGGGAUACAGGAAUACUUGGCUGCCAUUUCACCUGUGCAAAAGUUUCUCUGAGAUCCGUCUGCUGCCCUGGCUACUACGGACACAUGUGUGAGAUGUGCCCAGGGAAGCCAGGCCAGUGGUGCUCCGGGAAUGGGGAAUGCCAGGACGGCAUGGAGGGCAGCGGGGAGUGCCGGUGCCUGGAGGGCUUCCACGGCACCGCCUGCGAGAUGUGUGAAGUUGGCCGGUAUGGAGCUGACUGCAGAUCAGAAUGUGCCUGUGACAAUGGCAUAUGUAACGAUGGGCUGCAAGGGGAUGGGAGCUGCCAGUGCUUCCCAGGGUGGAAGGGCCCUACCUGCCAAGAAAGAAUCAAGGUUGACUUAUGCAAUAACACUUGCCAUCAAAUGGCCAACUGCCUCAACACUUCCACAGAUUCCCCACCUAUGUGCUUCUGCUCUGCUGGAUACACGGGAAAUGGGACCCACUGCACAGAAAUUGAUCCAUGCACCACUGACCAUGGAGGCUGCUCCGUACACGCCGUGUGCACUAAGGUGUCCCCGGGAGAGAGAACCUGUGUUUGUAAGGAAGGUUACGCUGGGGACGGGACGCUCUGCAUGGAAAUUGAUCUCUGUCUCGAAAGCAACGGGGGCUGCCACAGCAACGCAGAGUGCAUGAAAACAGGCCCAAAGAAGGUUGCCUGCAACUGUCUUCCUGGUUACAGUGGGGAUGGUGUGAGCCAGUGCAACCCCAUCAACUUGUGUGAACAGAACAAUGGAGGCUGCAGCCCAUUUGGAAUCUGCAAGUACACAGGCCCUGGCACCCGGAACUGCUCCUGCUCCUGGCACAGCGUUGGAGAUGGCUUCACCUGCCGUGGCAAAGUGUAUCAGUCGGGAAACAUCAAGGAGCUCAGUGGGGCAGGGCCUUUCACUGUCUUUGUCCCACGGACAGAUUUCAUAGGAAACACUACAGUGUUUGAGGAUUGGAGGAGCAGAGGUCUCCUCCAGGACCUGCUUCGCUACCACAUGGUGGGUUGCCAGAAAUUGCUGUCCAGUGACCUGGAAGCCCAGAAGUCACUCACAUCUCUAUCUGGCCACAAAAUAAAUAUCACAGUGAAAGAGAAUAGCAUCUAUCUCAAUGAGGAAGCCAAAGUGGUCAUGAGUGACAUCACUGGCGUGAACGGGGUCAUUCAUUUAAUCAACAAGAUCCUCAUUCCAAGUGACCUGGUGGACCGUAACAUUUCCUCACAGAUCUCACAGCAAAACAUUACGGAAGUGGCAUCAGCCUUUGGGUACACCAUUUAUAGCAAGCUGCUGCAGGACGCGGAGCUGCUUCCACUGAUUGGUGACCCCCUGCACAGACCCUUCACCAUGCUCUGGCCCACGGAUGCCACAUUUAACGCCCUCUCGGAGAAGCAGCAGAAGUGGCUGUACAGCAGGGAGCACCGGGACAUGCUGGCCUCCUACCUCAAAGCACACAUGAUCAGGGGCACAAAGAUUGUUGCUGGUAAUGUGCCCCAAGUCGAAUCCACACGGACCAUGUAUGGCUCCACCAUCUCAUUCAGCUGCAGCAAAAACCACGUGGGGGAGCUUCUGGUGGGAAACAAUGAUGCCACAAUCAUCCAGAGGCACAUGGAAUUCAAUGGGGGAAUUGCUUAUGGCAUCGACAGGCUGUUGGAGCCACCGGAUCUGGGAUCUCGGUGUGAUGAGUUCAGCUUUGUAGAGCUGCAGGGAUCUACAGAGAGCUGCGGACCCUGUGGCUUCGAGCCAUUCUGCCCUGCUGGCUCCGUUGAACAGGGGGGAACCAGGCGCUGCUACUAUUACGGAAAUCAGCUGUUGAGAUACCCUUUUCAGUUUCACCACAACUCCCUCUUGCGGCGGUCCCGGCCACCCUCCCCGUGGGAUCCCUUCAGAAGACACUUCUCUUCCAGGGGGCCUCUGAGACGAGGCUGCAAGAGGAGGUGCGUUGCCCCCCGGUGGGUCCCUCAGUGCUGUGCCAACCACUAUGGCCGUGACUGUCGAGCGUGCCCGGGAGGGCUGGAGGCGCCGUGCGGUAACCGCGGGACCUGCGACGACAGAAUCGGUGGCUCGGGGCGGUGCAACUGCAGCGCGGCCUUCAUCGGGACCAGCUGCGAGCUGUGCGCGCCCGGCCGGUACGGGCCGGAGUGCCGAGAGUGUAACUGUACUGAGAAUGGUGUGUGCAAUGGAGGACUGCACGGCGACGGCUUCUGCUUCUGUGCCGAGGGCUGGACUGGAGACAGCUGUGAAAUCAGACAAGUCCUGACGCCCACCUGCUCUCCACCGUGCCACCCCCAGGCCAUCUGCCGCUCUGGCAACCUCUGUGAAUGUGACCUGCACUAUGAAGGAGAUGGGAGAAUGUGCUCAGUGAUGGACAUGUGCAGCCAGGACAACGGGGGGUGUGCCAGGCAUGCACAGUGCACACAGGCUGGGGUGAAUGUCUCUUGUGCCUGUGCACCUGGGUAUGGAGGUGACGGCUACACCUGCGAGCCCAUCGACAGGUGUGCGGACGGCAGGAACGGGGACUGCAGCCAGCACGCCAGCUGCAUCAGCACUGGGCCGAACGAGCGGCGCUGCGAGUGCAAGCAGGGCUACGUGGGUGAUGGAAUCCAGUGCCUGGAAGAGGUCGUGCCCCCCACAGACCGGUGUCUGAGUGACAAUGGGCAGUGCCAUCGGGAGGCCAUUUGCACUGACCUGCACUUCCAUGACAAGACUAUGGGCGUGUUUCAUCUACAGUCACGCCGAAAAAAAUAUGACUUCACUUACGAGCAGGCUCAGAAGGCCUGUGCUGCAGAAGGUGCUUCCCUGGCCACUUUCCAGCAGCUCUCAGCAGCACAACAGAUGGGAUUCCAUCUGUGCUUGGUGGGUUGGCUGGACAAUGGCACAGCUGGAUACCCCACAGCAUACCCCAACCCCAGCUGUGGGUCUAACCGAGUGGGCAUCGUGGACUAUGGCUCCCGAAGCAACCUGAGUGAGACCUGGGAUGCAUUCUGCUACCGGGAGAAAGAUUUGACUUGCACCUGUCGUGACGGGUUCGUGGGAGAUGGGUACUGGUGCAGUGGCAAACUCCCCGAUGUGCUCGCAGACCAGGCUCGCUUCUCCACCUUCUAUUCUAUGUUGCUCGAUUUUGCCAAUGACACAGAAGAAGGGCUGGACUUUUUCAUCUAUUUGUCUGAUGACUCCGCUCCCAAAACUCUCUUUGUCCCUCUGAAUUCUGGCUUCACAGACAAUGAAACACUGACAGGAGAGGAACUGAAGCUCCACGUGUCGUCCAGCAAUGUUGUACUGUUCAGCUACAACCUCACAACAGGCACCAUCAUCCCAUCCCAGUCAGGAUAUGACCUCCAUGUGUCAGACCUCCCAGUGGGCAACAGCACAGAGCCAUCAGAUGCCAAGGGGAUCAAUGACACGAUGAUUGUGGAGUGGGACAUCAUAGCUUUCAAUGGCAUAAUUCACGCAAUCGCAGAGCCACUGAAGAUCCCAUCGCCCAUCAUGCAGAUUGGUCAGGUGAAUGGCGUGGCACAGAUACCGGGCUCAGUGGCCACAGGGAUGCUGUCGGCACUGUGCUUUGCCCUGGCACUGGCUGCCGGCGCUGGUGUCACCUAUUACUGCGUGAAGAGACGGCGCCAGGAGGAGCAGUUCGGGUAUUUUCAGACCUUCUGCUCUCCUCCUCCACAUCCAACUAACAGUCCUCUACCAGAGUCACCAGCUGGACAGACCAGUCUGGCAGGAGAAAGGCCCCAGCAGCUGGUACCAGGUGUGGGCGGGUAA